UCAGUGUCCGGUUUAGGUGAAUAGAGUAGAUCUGGCAACUUCUCCCUGAGCGCGCUGUCUACAAUGCGCAUGCUCAGUCUCAUUCUUCUUGGCUGUCGAUGUGGCUGUAGCUUCUUGUUUUUUUAAAAAACCAAACAGUUUAGUACAAUAUAAAGUCGCCAUGGAAGCUUUAUCUUUAUUUGUGUUUUUUAUGGUUAGCUUUGCAGUAGCGGAACAGGAAGAAAGGCUUCCAAAUAAGUGUGAAGUGUGCAAGUUUUUGACAUUAGAGCUUCAGGCAACUUUGGAGAAGAGCGGACGCUCCAAAGAGGUCCUGGAGAUCGGAGAAGUUCUGGACACUGGAAAACGCAAGCGCAAAAUUAAGUACAACACCUCGGAAACAAGAUUAACAGAAGCUGUAGACAAUAUCUGUGAAGGAAUACUGCAGUACAGUGUCCAUGCUGAGAGACCUGGGAGCCUUCGAUAUGCCAAGGGCACUAGCCAGACCAUGAACACACUGAAGAACCUGGUGGAUAAGGGGGUGAGGGUGGAGCUAGGCAUCCCCUAUGAGCUGUGGGAUGAGCCGUCAGUGGAGGUGGCAGACAUGAAGAAACAGUGUGAGACCAUGUUGGAGGAAUAUGAGGAGGUGGUAGAGGACUGGUACUUCAAUCACCAGGAGGAAAGACUGGAGAAGUUCCUGUGCGAAGCUCACGUCUUGAAACAUUCGGAGUCAGAAUGUCUAAACGAGAUAUGGAAAGGAGACAUGGGUGUAAAGGGAUCGACUGUAGAGUCGGAGACCGAGCGAGAGGAAGAUGGUCAAACGCACGACGCAGGAGAACUCUAAAAGUAGAAAUAUGGCUGACAAACUCCGACAGCUGGACUUUUCAGCCUUCCUUGAAAUGAAAAGUUGUCCCAAAAGACCAAUGUACUGGGUGGGAGAAGUGUUUACAGGAACUUUUGGAUGUAUGCUUGUUCUAGUUAAGACUACAGACUUCAUAAUAAUUUACAUGCAGAAUAAAAGCAGCCACUUCAGAAAGAGACAGUGAUAGUGUUUUAGCCAGUAAAGUAUUGAAUCUUAGUGUGGUCACUCGUUUGUAAAGCGGUGACUUUUGUUUGUAAAAUGUUUAUUAUGCAAAGCUGCCAAUAAUGAAGUCACUCCAUGUAUAGUGCCUUUACUUUAGAAACUGCCUCAGUGUUAUGUUCAAGAUCUGAACACACACAAGCCAUAAUGAGGGUUUGUAUUGUCCUCAUUCUUCAUUUGUAUUAUGUGUAUUUUAUGCUUUUGAAUAAAAUAGUUUAUAUUUA